UUUUAAAUAAGCUGUGCACAUUGUGUAUUUAUUGCAAAGUGAUAAUUGGUAUCACUUUCUGUUGUGAGUGUGGCUGUGGAAUACGUAAAGUUAUCCAAAAAAUUGUAUGUAAAAAUGUGAUUGUUUGUGUAGUGAAAGGAUUUCCUGUACGGAAGUGGGAUUUUCGUCCUGUGCUCAAAAUUUGCACAAUCUUAUUAAUACAUAACAAUACGGCGAACUCGAGCUUUUAGAAAACCCAGUAAUCUCGUUCAGUGAUUUUUCUAAUGGAUCCAAUUCUGCUCAUGAGUUCACCGUUUUGUUAUGUAUUAAUAUAGCACAGACAGAUACUAACAUUUCGAGGGAAAUAUGAGUUUUUGACAGCGACGACGUAAUUUAAAGCAUUCUCAGCCAUAAAGGUAUUUGAUCUUGACCACUAUGUAGAGAAUGGUUAGUUUCAAGAUAUAGCAAAUGAAGGAGUUCAAAAUGAUUUGAGAAAACAUAUUUUUGCAACUAUUUUAAGAGUGUCGGUAUUUAAGCACAUACAUGGCAAGUGGUUCUUACUGGGAUGUCUAAUUUUUCUUUGUAAUUGUUGCUUAAGAUAACGUAAUAUGGAUAAAUGGUGUCAAUAUGUAACGAUUGGACUAUCAAUUUUUUAUAAGAGUUUAAUUCUUCUCUCUAUGCAGUUGUGCUUUGGUAUCAAAAAACUAUAAUCGUAUAAUAAAUUGGCAGCAAGUAAGUUUUAUUGCAGCUAUUAGUUCAAUAAUGAUAACAAUGCAAUUUUCAGUCUGUAAUGCGAGUAGAAUAUUUGGAAUAAGUUUCAGUUAAACCACGAUAGUCAAGUAGUGUGGAAUUACUAUUUAAAAAGCAUUAAAAUGCGUGUUAGUACCAGGGCCAAAGUGUUCUUUCAUAUUCUAAUAUGGUGCUUUUCAAUGGCUCUAAGCGCGGAGCCCAUCGUGCUUGUGCACGGCGGAGCCGGUUCCAUUACGGAUGCCCAAUUGCCUGUUGCAUUACAUGGAGUCAAAACGGCAGCACGCGUCGGUUUCGAGACACUCAAAUGUGGCGGCAGUGUCUUGGAUGCCGUGCAGCAGGCGGUACGCUCAAUGGAAAUCAAUCCACAAUUCAAUGCCGGCUAUGGUUCAGUGCUCACUUGGGAGGGCAAAGUAGAAAUGGAUGCAGCCAUCAUGAACGGUGAGGAUUUGAAUGCGGGUUGUGUUUCCGUAGUACGCGACAUUUAUCAUCCCGUCGAUUUGGCGCGUCGUGUUAUGGAGAAAACGCGACACAUGUUCCUUUCGGGCGAAGGUGCUAUGCUUUUCGCAGAGGAAGAGAAUUUCGAAAUUCUACCCGAAGGCGCUUUGGUCACGAAUAAAUCACAGAAAGCACUUGAAGACUAUAAGAACAGUUUGAACGCUACGACAAAGAAAUUGUGCAAUACCGAUUUGAAUAUUGGAUGCUCUUGUGAUGUACAAGGUGUCCUGUCCUAUUCUGUUCUCAAGAAUUUCCUCAAAGAAUACGGUUCACAAGGAACGGUCGGUGCUGUUGCUAUUGAUGAAUUGGGCAACUUGGCUGCUGCUACUUCCACGGGUGGCAUAACAGGCAAAAUGCCUGGACGUGUUGGUGAUUCACCAUUACUAGGUGCUGGCACUUAUGCCGAUAACGAAGUGGCCGCCAUAUCGGCUACAGGUCAUGGUGAGACAAUUAUGCGUUACAAUGUCGCCUCGCGCAUUUUGGCUCACAUUAAAUAUGAAAAUAUGACGGCAGAAGAAGCGUCAGCUAAAGUUCUGAAGGACAUGACGCAACGUUUUGAGCAGGGAGCCGGCAUAAUAAGUAUCGACAAGGCCGGCAAUGUGGGCGUCAACUUUACAACGGCACGCAUGACUUGGGCCUAUCAACGCGGUGAAGAGCUACAUUACGGUGCUGAUCCGAACGAAGAUAAGGUCGACAUAGUAGGAGAACCUCGGCUAAGCGCUAUGGAUUUGUGCGUUUAAGACCUAUUGCUGCUGGAGUAAUAUAAGUUGUCUGGUAUUAUUGUUAUAAGCAAAAUUUAAAGCAAUAUUCAAAAUUUUUCUGUAUAUA